AUGGAUUCUACUGAUUGCUUUCCUAAUGCCACCAUUUGUACUGGUACAUCCUGUGUGUUGAUUGACUCUGAUUUCAACAGAACUCUGAGUGUUGUCCUAAGUACUGUUCUUACCAUCUUGUUGGCCUUAGUGAUGUUUUCCAUGGGUUGCAAUGUAGAAAUCAUGAAAUUCCUGAAUAACUUAAAGAGACCAUGGGGUAUAUUUGUGGGCUUCCUUUGUCAGUUUGGAAUUAUGCCUCUCAUGGGCUUUAUCCUAUCAGUGGCCUUUAACAUCCUCCCUAUCCAGGCUGUUGGAGUGCUCAUCAUGGGCUGUUGCCCAGGAGGAACAGCUUCCAAUAUUUUGGCUUACUGGUGUGAUGGUGACAUGGACCUGAGUAUCAGCAUGACAACAUGUUCCACACUGCUUGCCUUGGGAAUGAUGCCUCUUUGUCUCUUUCUUUAUACAAAAAUGUGGAUAGAUACUGGGACAAUUAAAAUUCCCUAUGACAGUUUAGGUAUUUCUUUAGUUGCUCUCAUUAUCCCUAUUUCUGCGGGAAUAUAUGUCAAUCACAAAUGGCCAGAGAAAGCCAAGGCCAUACUUAAGAUUGGUUCCAUUACAGGUGUAAUUCUCAUAGUGGUCAUUGCUGUGACUGGAGGCAUAUUGUACCAGGGUUCCUGGACUAUUAAUCCUAAACUAUGGAUUAUAGGAACAAUAUUUCCAAUGGCUGGGUACUUACUGGGCUUCUUCUUGGGAAGGAUAGCUGGUCUUUCCUGGCACAGAUGCCGUACAGUGGCUUUGGAAACAGGAAUGCAGAACACUCAGCUGUGUUCAACAAUAGUACAACUCUCCUUCAGCCCUGAAGAGCUUGAUCUGAUGUUUACCUUUCCACUCAUCUACAGUAUUUUCCAGUUCGUAAUGGCAGGACUCUUCAUAGGAAGCUACUAUCUAUACAAGAAAUGUUUUAGCAAAACUAGGAUAGAACUUGAAGAGGACAAGAACAGUAAAGCAGAGCCUCAACCAUCCCAUUAUAGAGAGAAUGGAGGAUUUAAUCAGCAUGAAGACUAG